AUGGGUUUGGCUAUUGCUUGCGUUGCAUGCAUGGCUAUGUUUCUGAUGUCCUCCGGGGUGGCCACCAAGAAUGGAUGGGAUAACGCUUUUGCGACGUUUUAUGGUGACAUGAGCGGCAAAGAAACCAUGCAGGGAGCAUGCGGCUACGGCGACCUCUUCAAGCAAGGCUACGGCCUCAAGACGGCGGCACUGAGCACGGCCCUCUUCAACGAUGGCCUCACAUGCGGUGCAUGCUUCCAGCUCCAGUGCGUCAACGAUCCCCGGUGGUGCGCGCCGGGGAGCAUCACCAUCACCGCCACCAACUUCUGCCCCCCGAAUGCUUCCAAGCCGGGCAACAAUGGCGGUUGGUGCAAUCCUCCUCGCAAGCACUUCGAUCUCUCGAUGCCGAUGUUCACAAAGAUCACCAAGGACUACCACGCCGGGAUCGUCUCGGUGCGGUUCCGAAGGGUCCCAUGCAUCAAGAAAGGUGGCGUAAGGUUCGAGAUCAAGGGCAACCCAGACUGGAUCUUGGUGUUGGUGUAUAACGUGGGAGGGGCCGGGGACGUGAAAGCCAUGCAGGUGAAGGGGUCGAGAACCGGGUGGAUAACCAUGACCAGGAACUGGGGCCAAAACUGGCAGACUCGACGGCACUUGCUCGGGCAAAGCCUGUCAUUUCGAGUGACAACAAGCGAUGGAAAGAUGGUGCAGUCCGAUGACGUGGCUCCUGCGAACUGGAAAUUUGGCCAGGUAUUUGAGGGGAAGCAAUUCUAGAUGAGUCAUAAGGAAAAUUGACGUACAUUUAUAGGAUUAUUGUUCUUUCCUUUUGGAUUUGGAGCAACAAAAGAGUGUGUCGCAUUAUUCUGCUAUAGAGUAAGCCUUUUAUAGAUAUAGUCUAAGCCUUGUGGAAUGAUUUGUCUUGCAAUAAAAUGAUUAUUGGAAAAUUACAAACUCCACAUUACGCAUGCAGCUGGCAGAAUUAGUUACACCAAAAAUUUGUUUUUUUUGUUGCUAGUUUGUUGUUAACAGUUAGGAAAGAUAGUCACUAGAAGGAUCAUCGGUAUCUAUAUAUAGAAUCCUUGUAUACUGCAAUGAAUAAGAGAGCCCAUUCCUUUUUCCCAA